AUGCGUCGACGGCGGUCUGACCAACUCCCUCGAUUCACGGGGGGAGAGGACGCGCGCCCCCUCGCCUUCCGCUUCCGCCGACGACAUGCCUUGUACCUCUGUGGCGUGCUGUUGGUAUGCUGGUGGUUCCUGUACCCGUCGGCGGAGGGCGCGUCGACACGGGGCGCGACCAAGUGGAGCAACUACGCAUACAGCCUGUAUGCGACGGACAGCGCGACGCUCUGCCACGCCCUUCUCCUCUUCGAUGCGCUCGCGAGGCUCGGCAGCCGGGCAGACCGGGUGCUCUUCUACCCCCAGCACUGGGACACGGAGGUGACGGACGCCCGAGAUCGAGACAGCCAGCUGCUCGUCCUGGCGCGCGACCAGUACCAGGUCAAGCUGCACCCCGUCAAGCUGCUGACGGUGGAGGGCCGCACCCAAGAUGAAUGGACCGGCACCUGGGACAAGUCGGUCACCAAGUUCAUGGCCUUCUCGCUCGCCUACUACGACCGCGUCAUCGCCAUGGACUCGGACGUGACGCUGCUGAAGAACAUCGACGAGCUCUUCCUUCUCCCGUCCACGCCCAUGGCCAUGCCCCGCGCCUACUGGGCCGACAGCAAGCCGUGGCCGCUGACGUCGAUGCUCAUGGUCCUGCAGCCCGACCUGGACGAGUUUGAGCGCUUCAAGCAGACCCUGGGCGGCGGCGGCCACAAGGAGCUGGUCGACGCGCACAGAUUCGACAUGGAGCUGGUCAACGAGCGCUUCGAGGAGAGCGCGCUGGUGCUUCCGCACCGGCCCUAUGCCCUGCUGACGGGCGAGUUCAGGCGGCAUGAUCACAGCGCCUAUCUCGGCAAUGUCUUUGAGACAUGGGAUGCCGACAAGGUCUACGGUGAGGCCAAGCUCGUCCACUUCAGCGAUUGGCCGCUGCCCAAGCCCUGGAUCAUGUGGCCGACCGAGGGGCUGGAGGAGAUGCAGCCAGACUGCGGCGGGAGCCACGUGGGGAGCUGCGCAGAGCGGAAGAUCUGGAAGCAUCUGUACGAUGAUUUUAGGAGGAGACGACGCGACAUAUGCAAGCUGCUGAGUGUGCCUGCGCCCGACUGGUGGACCAUCAAGCAUGGAAAGCGUCCAGGCAACGCAACCGACGGCACCGAGCAUGCUGCGCCUUCAGCUAAUGCGUCUGUUCUUGGCGGCGGCAGUGGCUGA